AUGACAGAAUUUCAUGUUGAUCAUAUCAAAGAACUUAAAGAUUUAGAAGAAUUGAAAUAAUGGUCUAAACCUUGUAGUUCCUUAUAAGAACAAUUAAUUCAAUCAAUCAAUUAUUACAAUAACAUUUUAAAUCUACUUACAAUUAUAAAAAACAAUCUAUAAUUUGAUAGCUUUAUAGAAAUAUCUUUACUUAAUUUGUAAGAUCUAGAUAAUCAUAUCAAUAAAUUGAUUAACAUAAGAUCAAUCGAAGAAUUUAUAUAAGAUAUUCAUCUAAAUUCACAAGAUCAAUUUUUAAAAGUGGAAUAUUGGUGUAAAAAUAUUAAUUCUUUUUAAAGUAUUAUUAUUUUCAUUUAUCAUUAGAAAAUAAAUAAAACUAUUAUAAUGAACCAAAUAUAUAAUCUGAUGAAAAAUAAUCUAUAAUUACAGAUAUCAAAUAAGUAAAUUAAAAUGAAACUGAUUCUAAUUCACCUUCUAAAAUAAAUGAAAAUAAUGAACCUAGAAUAAGAAAUUCAGAAUUUUAAAGACCAAAUUUAUAAAAGAUUUAAAAUUCUUAGAUAAGAGCAUAAUCAUCUAAUAAUCCUUCAAAAUAAUCUAAAAUAAUUAUAUAAUAAAUUACAGAUUAAAAAGACACUUCAAAAUAGAUUGGAUUCAGAUUCUCAUAAACUUUAAAAUUUGAAAGAAUAAAAUUAACAAAUGAAGGCAAAAUAGCAACAGGUUGUGGUGGAUUUGUUCUUUGUGAACCUUCAAUUCCAAAAGAAGGAAAAAGUUCAUUUAAAAUUAGGAUCGACAAAUGUGAUUAAAUAUAUAUUGGAGUUUGUAACAAAUAUUAUUAAUAGGCAUAUUAAUUUGAACCUAUUUUAUAAUAAUUUGAUAAACAUGGGUAAUAAAUUUGAUAAUAUAUUUAUAAAUUAGAUCUUAUUUAAUUAACAAUCUUGGAUAAGUAUAUUGUUGUAAAGAUGAGAAAUUAAACAAUGUUUAAAAAUCAUUUAAAUUUUAAUCAUAUGAUGUUAUAUGUAUGAUUGUUGAUUAUGUAUCUAAAUGUAUAGAAUGGAAAUAAGAGAUAAAGAAAUCAAUGUUUUAUGUAUGAUUAAUAGAUUGAUAUAAUAGAAAAUGAAUUUUGAUAGUAAUGAAGAAUUGUAUGUGUGUGUAAAAUUUUAAAAAAAGAAUUUCUCAAAUGCUUCUUCAGUAGAAAUUGUGAGUUAUGAAUUAAAUAAGUGA